AUGGAGAAGAAAGUGAAGCAAGUAUGGAGCAUAGUGGUACAAAUAAAGGGGAGAGUAAGAAAGAGAAAAAGAAAGCUGGAGAGAAAAGGAGUAGGGGUUUGAAGGGUGUGCUAUGUUAUGUUGGCCCAUCUUAGUGAUGAGGCACUGGAUAAGGUUUUAGUGUUGUACAACAGAGUGUGGGAGGAGGGGAAACUACCAGGCAGCUGGAAGGGGGCAGUAGUGGUACCAAUCUGGAAGCCAGGGAAGGACCAAACGUAUGAUUACGGAGAGGCUAACUUAUUUCCUGGAGAGCAGGGGGCUAGUAUCGCCACAUCAGAGUGGGUUCAGGAAGGGUAGGGGAACUAUGGACCCAGUACUCUGCUUAGAAGCAGAGGUCAGGAAGGCUCAGGUGAACAAGGCUGUUGUAGCUGUCUUUUUUGUGGAGAAGGCGUAUGAUAUUGUCAAAGUUGCGUCAAUUCAAAUCUGGCAUUAGGAACAAAAGAGGUCAACACGACUUCUAAGAUAUACUAGUUAUUUUAAUUAAUGCAAAAACCUUCAAUGGUAAAUAUGAUGUUUCGUAUAUACGGGCUCUCUGAAAUACCUCGCAGGGCACCCCAGAGAACUAACCCAUUGUUCUAGGAUCUUGCUCAAAUACUCUGACAGAGAGAGUUUCCCACCUCUCUGCUGGCCAAUUAGAGUAGACUUGAGCGUGGUUUAAACUUACUCAGCCAAUCCGUUGAUGCAUCUCUGUUACCAGGCAUAUGUCCAUAUCAUAACAACCUGUCAUAGUGAGAAGAGCCAGCUCCCUUAGUCACCAUUCCUACGUCCAAGGAAGGUUCACAGAUCACAAAGAACCAGUAUAGUCUAGCAUUUGGAGACACAAAUCCCUAUCUCACUUUACCCCCUAAAACAGCUCUUUACAUCAAUCACAGCUUGCCAGGUGUCACAACCUACAUUAGCCCAGUCAAGAAUGCAUUCUUCCUAAGUUAGUCAUCCCAUCAAUUAUAAAAAUAAUAAAUCUCUCACAAUAUGAUGUGGAAGGAGGGGUUGUUAAUCAAGCUUGAUAUUAUGGGGGUAGGAGGAAGAAUUUACAACUGAAUAAAGGAUUUCCUGUUUGGAAGGUCUAUCCAGGUGAGGGUGGGAAGUCUCUGUCAGCUACCUGGUGGAUAAAGGUACACCGCAGGGGAGCGUGAUUAGUCCUCUGUUGUUCUCAAUCAUGAUCAAUUAUGUUUACUCUCAGGUACAGACGGAUAUUGGAAGGUCGUUAUUUGCAGAUGAUGGGGCCUUAUGGAAGAGGGGAAGAAAUAUGCCAUACAUAGUCAGGAAGGUACAGGAAGCAAUUGAUGAGGUAGAGCGGUGGGCAUUAAUGUGGGGAUUCAGGUUCACUGUAAAGAAAACUCAGACAGUGUUCUUUACCAGGAGGAAGGUGGGAGAUGAGGUAUGCUUGAGGUUAUAUGGGAGAAACUUGGAGAGGGUGGGGGCCUUCAGGUUCCUUAGGGUAUACUUCGACACUAGACUGACCUGGGCAGAACACAUUGAGAGAGUGGUGGGAAAGUGUAUGAAGGUGCUAAAUGUGAUGCGCUGUCUGAUGGGGGAAGGAGUGGGGGGCUGGGCGUUCCUCAUUGAGGACCAUGUAUGUUGCAUUGAUCCAAUCUGUAAUAGACUAUGGCAGUAUAGCGUGUGGUUCGGCAGCCCGGACCUCAUUGGAAAGGCUAGAUGUCAUACAGGGGCAAGGACUCAGAAUAUGUAGUGGGACAUUUCGGACCUCCCCAGUGGCUGCACUAUAGGUGGAGAUGGGGGAUAUGCCAUUGCAGAUUAGGAGACAGCAGCUGGCAAUGAAUUAUUGGGUCAAUCUACAGGGACAUGGGGUGUCUCAUCCUGCGAAAGGGAUUUUACAGGCAUGCUGGGAACAUGAGCGAAGACAGAACACGAGCUUUGGGUGGGUGGGUAAUACCCAGGCGAAGGGGAUGGUACUGUAUGGAAGGGAGUUUAGUCCAAAGGUAGCUAUUCCUGUAAAUCCACCAUGGCUACUCCCGCCUCCAGUAGUUGAUCUAGAAGUGUUGGAGAGACUACAGAAAGAUAAGGAGGGUGUUGAUCCAUCUGAUUUGUUUAAGAGACGUCUGGAUACUGUGUGUCAGGAUUUUGUGGCCAUUUACACAGAUGGUUCAAAAGAUCCAACGACAGGACAUACUGGGUCAGCAUUUGUAGUGCAGGAAUGUGGGGUGGCAGUCAGGAAACGUAUUACAGAUCAUCUGGCUGUAUAUACGGCAGAGCUGAUGGCCAUACUGUUGGCCUUGCAGUAGGUGGAGGAAGUCAAGCCAGACAGAGUAGUUAUUUGCUCUGGUUCAUGUGCAGUGUUGAUGAGUCUCCAGUCCUUUAGCUCAUGUAGCAGACAAUACCUGCUUUAUGAGGUGCUACAAACCCAUGGCAGGAUUAGACAGAUGGGUAUACAGAUAAGAUUUACUUGGGUCCCAGCCCAUGUGGGGGUGGAGGGGAACGAGGCAGUUCUCUGUGGCUGACGUGAGUAAGACAUUUAAGCGUGUUAACCCUCUCAAGGCUGCCGCCCCCAGGUGGUGAAGGUAGGAAACAACACCUCCACUUCGCUGAUCCUCAACACAGGGGCCCCACAAAGGACAGACAAUUUUUACGCACUACACGCUUCAGCACUCGGCGGGCCCGUUCUGUGAGCUUGUGUGGCCUACCACUUCGCAGCUGAGACGUUGUUGUACCUUGACGUUUCAACUUCACAAUAACAGCAGUUACAGUUGAUCGGGGCAGCUCUAGCAGGGCAGAAAUUUGACAAACUGACUUGUGGGAAAGGUGGCAUCCUAUGACGGUGCCACGUUGAAAGUCACUGAGCUCUUCAGUACGGGCCAUUCUACUGCCAAUGUUUGUCUAUGGAGAUUGCAUAGCUGUGUGUUACAUUUUAUACACCUGUCAGCAACAGGUGUGGCUGAAAUAGCCGAAUCCACUAAUUUGAAGGGGUGUCCACAUACUUUUAUAUUGUGUAUUUGUUUGUUUUUUAUUAUUAUAUUUUUUCUUCUCACAAAAGUAGUGCACUGGGCCUUUACUAGUCCUGUAUUAGCAGACCGAUUAUAGCCAUCUGUAGCCCAGGCAACUAAAAAAAUCUCAGCACCCCCACCCAAAUACAAAAUACAAAUACCCCCUUCCUGCGGCUAUGCCUAUAUUAUAAUUGUCAAACAUGACUGGUUUAGUCUAUAUUUAUGUAAUUAAAAGUCUCAUUUUCUGGUGCCUCCCUCAUGUCAGUGUGGACAUGAGAGGCUGUAGCGAGGCUAAAAUCUAACCGAGGAUACACUUUUACAUGUAGGCUAGUUAUUUAUGCAAAAUAGAUUUAAGUAUUAUUCCAAUGUUGGCCUUUUUAAAGGCAAUUAUUUAAAUGUGAAUUUCUGGCUCAGUUGACAGUCCCAUUUAUCUAUUUAAGUAGUAGGCUACUCUUAUUAGCAUUUUAAAUCUGUGAAUGACCUAGGUCUUAGAAUAGACCCAUGUUGGCAUAUCAAAACAUUUAAAACAAAUUUGGGUUCGUUCAUCUUCAGUUUGGGAUGAUUUAAAUUGCACUUCGGGACUAUUCUGGGACAGUGAUGAAAAAAGUUAAUUUCGAGCCCUGUAUGUAGCAGGUUACCUAGGUAACAUUGGCCAGAAAGUUGAAGUCAGAGGAGAGAGAAAGAGUGCCGCGCUGCGGCACAGAGGUGAGGACAGAGCGGAACCGAUUAACUCCAUUACUGACUAUCAAAUGACAGUAGUAGUGACUGAUUGAUUAAUAGUAGAAUACCACUCUUGAUGUACUGGACUUAUGAUUAAUCUGCUCUCUCUCUUUCCUUUCCAUCUUGCUCUAGAGGAUGGAUGACUGGGACAUCAGGCUGCCUGCUGCCACACAUUAAUUGAAUGUUUUAAUGAAAUAAAAGAAGCCAAAAAGCAAACUGUUGGGGCUUUUCGAUUUUUAUACUCCAGUUGAAAAUACGAUUAUUUUAGAGCACCAAAACAGAGCACCCCACGAGGAGCUUGAAAGAGAGGAACCAUGCCAAAUAAGGGUGCAAAGAGAGGAGGAGGGGGAAGCAGGCAGGGAUGACAGAGGAGAGACUCCUGUACAUGCAGCAGAGGGCCCAGGCAGAGGAGGAGAUGGCCAAAAUGGAGGGAGGACGUACUAACUCAAUUCCUCAAGGUAUACGUUCAAGUAUUUAAACCAAUGAAAAGUCACACAGGCCGAUGCAACUUGUUAAGCCUAUUCUAUUGUCAAAGUUUCCUUGCAUGUCCUCUAAGUACCAUCCCGUAAUACUAUACCCUGUAAUGCAACCAGGAUAAGCUGCAGAAGGAGGAGCGCAACAGUGCGGUGAACCUGCACAAGCUGACGCAGCAGUGGCGAGCAGUUCUCCGCCAGACAAGGGCAGCUGAACUGCACAGUGACAUUGCUGUGCUCAGCCAGACAUUUGAGAGGGUGCUGGACCGGAAGGACAGUGUCAUCAAGGUGAGGUAUUUAUUUCCACAAACAUCUGUGAGAGAGUUCUUGUUUGACUGUGUCUGUGUGUGUGACAGUCUAUAUCUCUUUCUCUCUGUGCUGUAGUGUUUGGUGUGUAACCUGAGUGAGGCGGAGCAGCAGUCAGCCCAGGCCCUGCGCUCUCACCUGCAGUGUGUGGACUCUCUGCUGGCCCUGCAGAAGGGUAGGCUGGCAUCCCUGGAGCAGCAGUGGAACAUCGUCCUGGAGGGACUGAGCUACGAGUUCAACUCUGAGAGGUGUGUAUAA